GGGCAGGCGCGCCGGCUGCAUCCCCAUCCUCGGCGUCGCCCGGCACGGCGCGCGGGCGAGCGGCGCGGGCGGCCGGACCGCGGCAGGCGGAGCGCCAGGCCGGCCAUGGCCACCACCAGCACCACGGGCUCCACCCUGCUGCAGCCCCUCAGCAACGCCGUGCAGCUGCCCAUCGACCAGGUCAACUUUGUCGUGUGCCAGCUCUUCGCCUUGCUAGCAGCCGUUUGGUUUCGAACUUACCUCCAUUCAAGCAAAACUAGCUGUUUUAUAAGACAUGUCGUUGCUACCCUUUUGGGCCUUUAUCUUGCACUUUUUUGCUUUGGAUGGUAUGCCUUACAUUUUCUCGUACAAAGUGGAAUUUCCUACUGUAUCAUGAUCAUCAUAGGAGUGGAGAACAUGCACAAAUAUUGUUUUGUGUUUGCUUUGGGAUACCUCACAGUGUGCCAAAUUACUAGAGUCUAUAUCUUUGAUUAUGGACAAUAUUCUGCUGAUUUUUCAGGCCCAAUGAUGAUAAUUACCCAGAAGAUCACUAGUUUGGCUUAUGAAAUUCAUGAUGGGAUGUUUCGAAAGGAUGAAGAACUGACUGCAUCACAGAGAGGUCUGGCUGUAAGACGCAUGCCAAGCCUCCUGGAGUACUUAAGUUACAACUGUAACUUCAUGGGCAUCCUGGCAGGCCCACUCUGCUCCUACAAAGACUACAUUACUUUCAUCGAAGGCAGAUCGUACCACAUGACACGGUCAGGCGAAAACGGAAAAGAAGAAACACAGAACGAGAGAGCAGAGCCAUCUCCAAAUGUUGCAGUUAUUCAGAAGCUCUUAGUCUGUGGACUUUCCUUACUAUUUCACUUGACCAUCUCUAACACCUUACCUGUGGAGUAUAACAUCGAUGAGAAUUUUCAAGCUACCGCUUCAUGGCCAACAAAAGUCAUCUAUCUUUACGUCUCUCUUCUGGCUGCCCGACCCAAAUACUAUUUUGCGUGGACAUUAGCGGAUGCUAUUAAUAAUGCUGCGGGCUUUGGUUUCAGAGGAUAUGAUGAAAAUGGAACGGCUCGUUGGGACUUAAUUUCCAACUUGAGAAUUCAGCAAAUAGAGAUGUCAACAAGUUUCAAGAUGUUUCUUGAUAAUUGGAAUAUUCAGACAGCUCUUUGGCUCAAAAGGGUGUGUUACGAACGAGCCUCCUUGAGUCCAACCAUCCAGACGUUCGUUCUGUCCGCCAUCUGGCACGGGGUUUACCCGGGGUAUUACCUGACGUUUCUCACGGGAGUGGUGAUGACACUGGCAGCACGAGCCAUGAGAAAUAACUUUAGACAUUAUUUCAUCAAACCUCCCCAGCUUAAAUUAUUGUAUGAUGUUAUAACGUGGAUAGUGACUCAAAUAGCAAUAAGUUACACAGUUGUGCCAUUUGUACUUCUAUCUGUAAAACCGUCAUUCAUGUUUUACAGCUCCUGGUAUUACGGCCUGCACAUUGCUGGUAUCUUAGUAUUAUUGUUGUUGCCGGUGAAAAAAACUCAAAGAGGAAAGAAUACACAGGAAAAUGUUCAGCUGGCACGAUCCAAAAAGUUUGAUGAAAGAGAAAAUUCCUUGGGACAGAAUAGUUUUUCCACAACAAACAAUGUUUGCAAUCAGAAUCAAGAAAUAGCCUCUAGACAUUCAUCAUUGAAACAGUGAAGGGGAAAAUAUGCUGACGGCUAUUUUUUCUAUGUUAACAGAAACCACUCUUAGCACCUUUCAAGGGAUUUGUGUUUGUUUGAAAAGAGAUUAAGUGGGGGGACAUCUGACAGAUCUAGGUAGGGAAUUUCCUGUAUAGCAGAUUGGAAACGGAGUGAAUAACCCCUCCCAGGCCAUGUCCCUGUGGGCCACGCCUUAUAUAAAAAUAUUUCCAUUAUUUCAAUGGGCACUCAGGACCUCAGCAUAUGUCCACACGGUCAUAUGUGUGCCCUGUUGCUGAAUGUAUGUUGCGUAUCCCAAGGCACCGAAGAGGUGGACAGGUAAUUGUGUCAAUCUGGAUGAUUGAGAGAAAUUAACUUUUCCAAAUGAAUGUCUUGCCUUAAACCCUCUAUUUCCUGAAAUAUCGUUCCUAAAUGGUAUUUUCAAGUGUAAUAUUGUGAGAACACUAUUUCGAUAUUUGAUGUUAUAUGCUGUAAAGGAAUUCUGGAGGAAUUUUGAAACAGGAUAUUUAAGAUGUGGAUACUUUAAAAAUGCAAUAAACAUCUCAGUAUUGGAAGGGUUUUCUUAAAGUAUCUCAGAUGACUACAGUACGUAGCGAAACCGCAAACAGGACCGGAUGCCAAAUUAUACGUAGCUUAUUUUCCUGGAGAAUUUAAUUACUUUGUGUCAGUCAGAGCCCGUCAGGGAAGAAUUUCUUCAACACAAUUAAAGGUGGGUAAUGGGAUAUUUUAAGUUUAUUUUCUUAAAAAAAAAAAAGCAAGAGAAGAUGACAAGGGAAGGAAGGAAGGAAGGCAUGAAUGAAGGAGACCCCACGAGGACUGGCGGAGAGCCUGCUGGGAUGGGGCACAGGUGCACAGUGUAGGUACCACGUGCUCCGCAGACGAGCUUUUCACCUUGACUUAGAUAUCUGAGUUCUUUGUGAUUAUGUAAGACAUCAAAAUGUAAUAACUUUUUAAUGUGGUGGACUUUGAAAUGAAAUUUAUCAAGCAUAAAUUUUAUAGGAUUGUUAGAGGGAUCACGAAAACAAUAGUGGUGGAUUGUGUGAGGGUUAUGGAAGAGAAAUCACUGAGUAAGGUGACUGUCUAGUCACUUUCUUAUCCUUAACAGCUUACUUCCUAUUUGGGAAAGUUUUAGGGAGAUGAAAGCUUAAAGUCGUGGGGUCUGGCCCACAUUUUUAGAAAAUAAAAAUAAAUCCGUUUCCAGACUCUUAAAUUCUUACAUUAAAAUGUUGCUCUUCACUCUUUUUAAUGAGUUUUAGGUUCUGUGAGUAGAAGAGUAUGCUUUUAUCUUACAGGCCAUUUUCCCCAUAAUUGAUCUCACCUUGAAUUACUAGAUGUCUCCUUUAACGCCACAGUCUGGUGAGGGGCGUGGUAAGCUGAAAGCAGAGGAGGGGACUGCGAGGCCAUCCUGGAGUGUAGGGCUUCGGCGGCAGAUGGUGAACCACGGGAUCAUGGGGUUUGAGAGAAGAGCGGGGGACACGGCCUUCUGACUUCACCUUUAUUUGACCAGUCUUUGAUUUGACUUCACCUUUAUUUGACCAGUCUUUGAUUUGACUUCACCUUUAUUUGACCAGUUCAUUUCCUUUCUGCCUUGCAUUUUUAAUGCAGUGCAAAUUGGUUAGGUGUGGUGUGUCUUUUAUUUUUGUCGUUAGUAAGUUUGUAAGUGAAGUUACAGCAGAACCCCUAUCUGGCUUGAGCUGCGCAGCAUUUCAUUUAAAGAGAAACAGCAAGCGUCCUUGGAACUGGUGAGGUCUCAGUCAGCAAAAACAUCAGCGUAUCUUUUUAGAACUUUAGAAACAUCCUGGUCUUUGUUUAUAGCAAAUGUGGUUAUUUUUCUAAAGGUAAAAUUUUUCCACCUGCUGAGGUCAGCCAUACCCUGCUACUUACUUCCCAGGAAAGGACAAGAUAGCUAAAUAAAUUUUCUCCGUUUUCCCAUGCAUUGAAAUUAAGCCAGCUGUGUAACGUGAGACGAUGGAAAAGAAUAAUCAUGGAAAAUAUCUGCCCCCGAAAGGUCUCCUUAGUUUAAUUACUGCUGCAGAGAAUCUGAUCACUAUUUUUCAAAAGUAAACAAAUUCAGGGCUUACAGGACAAGUCUAGGCAUGGCAUAAAUGAAAAUAAGAAAGCUUAAUAAAACUUUUUUUCAGCCCACCUCUAGCCAAUAAUAAAUAAUAACUUUAUUUUUAUCACCUAUGUCAUUUCUCUGCCUGUAAACCUAAAAUCACUGUUACCUGUUUCUUGUUCAAUGAAUGUCCUCAUGGUGUUGCCAUCCAGGAAGCAAGAUGAUUGAAUAAUUUUCCAAUUACUUUGAAGAUGAUACAUUAUCUAUACAGAUUGACUGAUUUUCAUGCCUUUGGAUCAACUAGUUUUUUGGUUUUUGUAUGAAAUGGUUUUAGGAUAGCUUUUCUCUAAUUUUGUAGAAAUUCUCAUAAGUAUGUAAUCUAGAAAAACUAAAGAAAUCUAAUUCUCGACUUUUCUUCUCAAGAAGAAACACUUUGUGCUGUGUGAAAUGACUGUAUCUACUCGGAGUGUUGUAAGGAUUAAUACUUCUACUUGAAGUGGAAACUGGCAUAUCUCUACUACUGUUAAGUAUAAAGGGACUCGUUGUACUAUGUGCUUGCUUCUUUUUUAAUCAACACAGUAAGAUUCAGUCCAUAUUUAUAUUAUUUCUCCACUCUUCAGUUGUCAUGAAACGACUCCAGAGAUGAUCGGUGAACAUCAUUAUUAUACUACUCAGGGAAAAAAAAAAAAAAGGGAACAAAAACAUUAUUCUUCCCUCAAUUUCAUUUUCUUGAAACAGUAACAGUUAAUUUGAUGUAUCUCAGUGAUCACCAUUUUACAAGUAGCUUAAUCUCAGUUUUAAAAAUGAGCAUUUUUAUUGGAACUCAGGGUAAUUGGAGAAAUGUAUGCAGCUUCUAAAACAUCCAGCAUAGUAGAGAAAGUUUCUUUGGCUUCAACGAUGUCCAGCCACCACUUUCGCCACCACCAUACUUUUGGUUAAGAAGUAUUUUUGUUAUUGACCCCUGCCGUGUGUGACAGGCAUAUGCAGGAUUUCCAUAGAUAACAGUUUUCAGGAAACUUUGCAGUACGAAGAGUGGUUCUUUUUUAAAGGGUGAAGGUAACGCACACGGAAACACUGAUUGUCCUGGGAGAUCUGGACGUUCAUCUGGCUCUGUUAUUAAGGAACCUUAGGAUCUGGGCAAGUUGCCUGUCCUCUGGAUCAGAGUUUCUUAAUAAGAAAGUAAAGGAUCAGUUCUAAAAGUUUAUGACCAGUCGAUUUGUAAUGAAUGGAAGCCAUUAGCAAGAUGUGUAGGAGUCACGGACAAAGGCAGAUUCACAAUCAGAACUAUUGUCAUGGUCAUUUACUUUUAUUACUUGAGCAGCUCCAAGCCCAGACUUUUCAAAAGGUUUUCUUGGCAACCGAGGAAAAUCUUUCAAUCCCUUAAAUCAGAAGGCGUGGCAGCAUAACCUUUCUACUGAAUAUAGCCCUUCACAUGAAUCCUUGAUCAUGAAAUAGUCUCUAGUGAAGGAAACAGACCUUCCUUUUGCUUUCUCUGCUUGUUUGUUCAUUUGUGCCGUGUGAAAUUGAAGGUGAUCUGUCCUAGAAUCUGUCAGUGCAACCCACCAAGUUUACUGGACAGGGUUUACCACUUUAAACUACAGAAGACAUGUUAAAACUCGGCCGUGAAAAUAAUGACAAAAUUUAUACUUUUAUUCAAGGACUAGAUUGUGUUUAGGACAAAAAAAGUCUUUCCUAUUUAAAAUUCAUACCCUGUAAAUUUUAGUUUGUAUAUUCACAAACCACUUGGGCACUUACACUUUUUUGUUUCCUUAUUAUAAACUCCAAAAUCAUUAGUUACUUGAUGUUAAGGGUUCUCCGUUAAAACUGAAAGAAAAAAUUACUUGAGAGAAUAGUUGUUUCAGAAUGGUGCCUGCUGUUGCGUCAAUGGAGGACUUGUCCGGAGUUUUACAUCUAAACCGGUAUUUGAUGGAGUUUCGUUCACCCACUGGUGGUCUAUCCUGGCUGAAAUUGAGUACAUCAGAUUUCACAUAGGUGCGGAAUUCUAUGUAACACUGUGAAAUGUAAUCUUAACUGCCCUCAAGUACCUUAUUAAACUCUUCCUCUGAACCAAGUGUACAUUUAAGGAAUGGCUGAUCAUUUAUACGAGUACCUUAGAUGCAGAAAGUUCCUUCUGCAGCCGUCCUCGUGAGAGUGGGUUCGUAUCAGUGCACGCUCCUAAUGCCGAAGGAAAAGAUGGGCUAAAGUGUACCUGAAAUUGGGAUUGGAAAGAUCAGAGAGUAGAGGGUCUCCACAGUGUGUUUCUGCAGCACCGUGUAGUCAAAUCUAUGUAUAGUGACUCUCGUUACCGAAGAGAAUUUACAAUGAAAUUUUCCAUGUUGGUGUUUUAUAGGAAUGCUCUUAUAAUCAAUGACUAGGCUGCUUUUUGAGGCUCUCAUUGUAUAGAGGAUGCAGCCAGUUACAUUUUAAUCAGUGGGCUGCUUAUUAAUGUUUUUAUAUGUUUUAAAAUAAUAUUUAUUUUAAUAGAUUUUUAACAUGGAAAUCCCAGUAAACAACUGACAAGCUCUAUAGUCUAUUGAUUGGGAAGACUUUCUGAAAUGGCGCCUGAAGACACAUUUUUAUGCCGACUGAUUUGUCUCGCCUUUAGAAUUAAUGAUACCUGUCUUCUUUUAGAAAACCUUUUAUAAAGCAAAACCAAACCAAAAUGACCCCAAGACUCUAUGUCCUAGAAAUAACAACAUAAAGAAAGAUCCAUGCGGAAUCACUGUCUAAAGCUGAAGUCCGUGACGCACGGCCAUCUCUCCGCUCACGUGUCGUCAGAUUUUGCUGCCGCAGAAAGAAAUGGAAAUAAAAUGAAAAACCAAAAGAUACAGAGCAACACCCAACACAAUGACUAGCCAUUUUCUUAAUAACAUGUUUCAAGUGGAAAGAGGAGCUACCUUUUCCUGGAGUCGUAAAUGACUGUGCCCUGGCCAGUCUCUAUCUUGGGGUAACUUCUCUGAGAAAUUAACUUGGUAAUACCGCUGUUUUGUCCUUCACCGCUAAAGGACACCCGUGAAGAGUUUGACAGACUUCAACAUCUGCCUCCUUCCCAGUUUUAAGUAUUUUUGGUCCUGUAUGUGCAGAUUGGUCAACAAAGUACCUUUGCUCCUGACUUUGUGUCACAAGGAGAAAGGAAUCAAACACCCCACACAGACAUGUUCCAAGCCAAGCUUCGUCUGUCACCUAUGCACGACCGCCUCUCGGAACCAGAAAGGCACCGCGUGAAGCAGUAGGGAUGACACUAGAGAUAAUUCAGGUGGAAAGAGAGAAACCCUUCUACGUGCAGAGGGAGACCGUAUGAGCUCAUUCCUGCCUGCCUUGAAGAGUCGUGUCUUGACCUGUGCCUAGGAGCGGUCGGACAUCGUCGCCCGAACGUGGGGAGGGGGCCCCAGCUGUAACAGCCGGUUUUUGUCGUCUGCCUUCCCCGGGUAAGACUAGAAUGUGGCGUUCUGUGCUUUUUUGUUUUUGUUACUCCAAAAUAUUUUUUUAAAGAAGGGUUAUUUUUCAACAGAUCCGUAAACUAUUUCUUGUUGUAUGGUUCUCAGUUUGAACUCCCGCUGUGUCGGUUACACUGUGACGUGAUGAUUUCAUAACCCCUCCUCUCCAGUCCGUGUCCCUGGCGCUGCUGGCUUAUUGCUGGGUUUUACAGAUGUUUUUAACUUGCGUAUAAAUGUUUUUUUUCUAAUUUCUGUGUCUUUAAAACUGAUUAAACGGUAGUUUAAAAAUA